GUGUCGUCUCAGGGUUUUUCCUCCUCGUGCUCGCUCCGUCUCGCUAGUCUCGCAACCAGACUCCGAGCGUUCGAAUCGUCGUCGGUUCGUAGCGCUCGUCUCCUCUCUUCCCCUCCCCGUUGUCGCCGUUUAAGACCGGUCAAGACUGGACCUGAGCGCGCAGUACAUACACACAUACAAUAUUCUCUCUCCUCGGCCACGUGCGUCGUCAGCUCGUCCUCCGGAUCUCGCAGUGAUCGUAUACGGUCACACGAUCACGGCUGCCGGCUGAUUUUUGGACCGCCAGAUCAUUCCGAGUGAUUCCGGCUAGGUCGCCGGGUCCGCGCGCGAUCUAAAGAUACCGAGAGAAGAACGGGAGGAGGGGAAUUGUCGAGAAUUUGCGCAACCCUGAUCGGAGGCGCGUGGACAUUUCGUUGCUGGAUAGAAAGUUCGAAAGUCCGCGAAAGUGCGGAUUUCUCGUAAGUUCUCUUCUCGUUAAACGCGAGUGAGGCACGAGCGUUUGCAAGCGCGGCCGACGUUCGACGGAAGAGCUAGGGGAAGUGUGAUUUUAGCGACCCAACGUGACUCAAGCAUAUAUUAGUAAAUAUGUAUAGUUAGAUACGAUAAAAGAGGGAAGGAGAGAUCGAACAAGGCCAAAGAAGCUAAACCAUAUACAAAACGAAGAUACAAUUUUAGAAGCUUCAAUUGUAUAAUUGAAUAAAGUGAGUACGAUAAAAGUGAAGCAGAAGAUUUCUUUUCCAUAAAGGUCGAACGAGACAUAGGAAGAGAAAAUUAAAGGGAAAAAACGAACGAAAAAAAAAAAAAAAUUAGAAGCGGAAGAGAAGGAAAACGGAAGAAGAAUAGAACGAAUUGGAAGGGAGAGAAGUAUUUUGAAAGCUCUAGAAAGGAAGAUAAAAGGAAAGAGAAACGCGCGGCUGAAUUUUUCAAGGAGUGAGAGCGAGCAGCAGUGGCCGACUUCAUGCGACGAGCGUGUGCGCGACCACAUGAUUUGCGAUUACAGCUGAUUGAACCGCGCAGCAUGUAUGCCCUGAAGAAGCCGAGAUUUCUCCAGCAUGAUAGCACUCUAUCCGCGUGUCAAGUGCGCGAGGAAUUUCUGCAGCGCUACCAUGAGCUCUUGCAACGGUAUAUGGAUAUUGGGGAGGACAUCGGCGUCCCCGAAGAGUUCACGAAGGGCGAGAUGGUGUCGGGAAUGUGGUGGCGACAUUUAGUAUCUGGCGGAAUAGCGGGUGCGGUAUCGCGUACUUGCACCGCGCCCCUAGAUCGUAUCAAAGUCUAUCUACAAGUCCACGGCACACGACACUGCAAUAUCAUGAGUUGCUUCAGGUACAUGUUGCGCGAGGGUGGCAUUAGCAGCCUGUGGCGCGGCAAUGGCAUUAACGUGCUCAAGAUCGGCCCGGAGACAGCGCUCAAGUUUAUGGCGUACGAGCAAGUGAAGCGGGCGAUCAAGGCGGACAAUGAGGCGCGCGAGCUCGAACUCUAUGAGCGAUUUUGUGCCGGCUCCAUGGCCGGUGGCAUCAGUCAAUCGGCCAUCUAUCCCCUCGAGGUGCUGAAGACGAGACUCGCUUUACGAAAAACGGGCGAAUUUGCAGGCCUGGUUGACGCAGCUAAGAAAAUAUACAGACAGGGUGGUUUGAAGUCCUUCUACAGAGGCUAUAUACCUAAUUUAAUAGGAAUCCUUCCCUACGCCGGCAUCGAUUUAGCCGUCUACGAAACGCUGAAGAAUACUUACUUACGUACGCAUGACAAGAAGGAACAGCCAGCAUUUUGGAUCUUACUGCUGUGUGGCACCGCGUCGAGCACGGCCGGCCAAGUAUGCUCGUAUCCGCUAGCGUUAGUGCGGACGCGACUGCAGGCCGAGAUUGCGCCCGAUCGCAACACCAUGAUUGGCGUCUUCAAAGACAUCCUCAGCCGCGAGGGAAUACGCGGCCUGUAUCGCGGCCUCACGCCUAAUUUUCUCAAGGUUGCACCUGCCGUAUCUAUUAGCUACGUAGUAUAUGAGCAUUUCCGGCAGGCGUUAGGCGUCAACAUGACGUGAUGAACAUGAACGCUAGGUGACUGAUUAAUUCAAUUGACUAACUUAUUCUCUCUUUUUCCUCUCUUUCUCUAUUCCUCUCUCUCUCUCUUUCUCUCUACUCACGUUAUAAGUAAUCGACAUGGCGAAUGAACGUUUGGUGAUGAAACGCAUUCGUUCGUCUUUCCUUAAAGAAGAAAAAGACGAAUAAAGAAGAAAGAAAAUG